GAGUAGAACCCAAAGAGGGGGGCCAGGGCCGUCCCCUCUGUUCCUGGGCCUCCAGUGGGCACUUGGGGUGGGAGGUCCCUCUUACUGGCCUGCAGUGGUCUGUGUCCCAACAGAGCCUCAUGGCCUGGGGCGGCAGCCAGAACCUCUCCACGCAGGGGCUGUUCAUCCUGCUGGGCUUCCCGGGGCCGCAGGGCCUGCACGUGGGGCUCUUCCUCCUCUUCCUGGUCAUACACGUGCUUACGGUGGUCGGCAACCUGGCCACCAUCGCCCUGGUCGGGGCGCACCGGCCCCUGCAGACGCCCAUGUACUUCCUCCUCCGCAACCUCUCCUUCCUGGAGAUCUGGUUCACCGCGGCCUGUGUGCCCAAGACCCUGGCCACGUUCGCCCCGCGCAGGGCCAUCUCCUUCACCGGCUGCGCGCAGAUGUCCUUCGUCGUCCCGCUGGGCUGCACCGAGUACUUCCUGCUGGCUGCCGUGCCUCGCGACCGCCGCCCGGCCAUCUGCCCGCCACCGCGCUACGGCAGCCUCAGGACCCCCGGCCUCUCCGCCCGCCUCGCUCUGGGCUCCUGGCUGUGCGCCUUCUCCGCCGUCACCGUGCCGGCCACCCUCUCCGCCCGCCUCUCCUCCUGCGGCUCCCGCCUUAUCAACCACUUCUGGGACAUCGCGCCCUGCGUCGUGCUGUCCCGCAGCGACACGCGGGCCGUGGAGCUGGCGUCCUUGGCGUCCUUCCUCGUCAUCCUGGGCUCCUGCCUCAUCCCGCUGGUCUCCGACGCCUACAUCAUCGGCACCGUCUUCAGGAUUCGCUCCGCCGCCGGUCGGCACAGAGCCUUUUCCACCUGUUCCUCCCACCUCACGGUGGUCCUCAUCUGGUAUGGCUCCAUCAUCUUCCUGCUUGUGAGGACCUCAGUGGAGAGCUCGCUGGACCUGACCAAGGCCGUCACAGUGCUUAACACUGUUGUCACCCCGGUGCUGAAUCCCUUCAUAUACACCCUGAGGAACAAGGACAUCAAGGAGGCUCUGUGGAGGUGGGUGCAGGGGAUGUGAGCCCCUCGGAGACCACCCAGCAAGACUGGGACAUCUGACUGUCCCCUCUGUGGGAGCCAGUUCUCAGCAUCAUUCUCUCUGCAUGGACUGAAAACAGCACCCUGAUAUCGCAGUGUGGUCUGCCUCGGGGAGUUUCCAAGUUUCCACCUGUCUCACAGGCCUUGCCUAGGGUGCUCAGCCCCUGGAGUUCCAAACCCAGAUUCUGGAAGAGAAAUGGGGUCCUAAGAAGCACUAUAUGUACUUCAGAUACUGACUGCCCACCAAGUACUGGGCACUGGACUAGCCUGUGAGCCCCCAACCUGGUCUGGGUCUUGGGGGGCUGAUAGCUGUCUUGCUAGUGAGGGGUGAGCUGUCUGCCCUUGGGAUUUUCCCCCACUGCCAACACCUGUGGUCUCUUGAAUCUUCCCUCAUUGGUGGUGGGGGGAGGUUGACCAUGAAGGAGAGAACUCAGAGAAAUGUGUGUGCAGACCUUGCUGAGGAAGCCUGGCAGCCUUUGAGGGCCAUGUGGAGUCAGUGUGUGGGUUUGCCUCUGAGCAUGUCCACCAGGGCUCACCUCCUUCUGUGGUCUGCAUUGUGGGAUGUACAGGUGUCCUAGGGAACGGGGCUUGGUUCGGCCUCUGAGUGAAUAAGUCGUGGGAGGUCCUCCAGGUCCAGAACUUCUGUGAGAGGCCUGGUCAGGCCCCACAGCCCAUCAAUGCAUGGGCUCCAAGCCUCUGCCAGCAUGGCUUGGGCAAGUCACGUAACUACUGUGAACCUCUGUGUCUUCAUCUGCAAAUGGAGACCGUGAAUGUGUGGUCUCAUGGAGCCCUAAGGAGUAUUAAAUGAAUCGGUGUGUUCAAAGUGCUGAGCACAGGAUCUGAUGGGAGCGAGUGCUCAGGAGAUGCUGUUGUUGCCAUUGUCCCCAGAUGCAGCAGGCCCAGUUGUCUCUCUCUUUCCACCUCACACACGGGCCAGGCAGAACUGACAGGCGCCAGGCCCAGGGGGUUCUGGUGAGUGCUCAUUCUCCGCAGUAACCAAGCGCCCACAACAGAGCUGCGCCUACAGGUGCUGGUCAACACCUCCCCAGGGGGUUGAGGAACCGUCUCCCUCCGGUGGGAAGUUGGGGUUCCCAGAGACCCCCCUUGGCCGAGGG